AUGCGCAGCUGCGACGCAUGCAAGCGCGGCAAACGAGCUUGCGAUGCGGACAAACGCGUGGAUUAUGCGAACCAGACAUGUUCGAACUGCCUUCGAAAGAACCAAGUCUGCACUUUCAACUGGCUGAAGACGGCGUCUGUGAAUCAUCCAGAGCGGGAGAGAAAGAGGAGGCGUUCAGAGGAGAAGAGCGAUAUCGAUCAGCUCGAACAUACAGCGAGUAGCUCUGUCAAUUAUCAGUAUCCGAUACCACCUGGAUCUACUGCGAACGAAGCUCGGCACGAACUACAAGAUCGAUGGACACAGUGGUCAUCAUCUCAAGACGAAGACGAGACACGCGAAGACUACUUCAGCAACCCGCCGAGUGACGACGUGGAUAAUACAGCCGACGAAUCGAUACCCUUGGAGGAUCUAGACUCAGCGCAGUCAGGGAGAAACGUCGAGCAAGGAUUGCUUCAGUCGCGAUACUCGCGGAGAAACUCGUUCGCGCUGCGUCCUCAUCGUCGAAACCAGAGACACGAUGCUUCAUCGCCAAUCGUGGACAUACUACUGGGGGAGAGGUCUUCGCGGGGUUUCGUAACCAACGGUUUACUACGCAUAUAUAACGACAGUAUGGAGAACUCUCUCUCAUGUUGGCUCACAGAGCACAACUGUCCGUAUACGAUGACGCGCUACAAGCCUUCUCUCCUCUCGGCGAGUAAGGCUACACGGGAGUGGAGUGGUACCUGGUCAAACAGAAUGUACAACCGUGUACUUCAGCUUGACCGUGCCUACGCGUCCCUUCAAAUACGAAAGCCAACGACUGAGGAAGAACGUACAAUCUCCAAAGCACUCAACAUGACCAUCAUGUCGUUUGCGUCACAAUGGGCUCAGGCAGGCGAAAGAGGGGCAGGAGGUCGUGCGACUGACUCCCAGUUUACGGCGGACAGGUUCCCUCAGUCGAAUGAGUUCGAACGGUCCAUGCAAGAGACACUCUGGCAUCAAACAUCUCGGCUGCUUCAGCAGGCUGCUGAUAUUGGUUCUUUCCGUGUCAUCUUUGCCUUGAUCAUCUUCUCGCUGACCCAACGGCCCUUAGACACCACUCAGCGGCAUGCACGCACGGAUCCAAAGCUGAGAACGCAUUACGAACACUUCCAAGCCUUAGUACAGGACGACGACGCCCCCAUCUUCUUAGAGAUAGCUUUGCGACAGCUACUCGCCCAACGACGGAGACUGGAACGCGUGGAACAAGACCUGGGACGAGACCCUCUUCAGCAAGAAGACCGAGAUACUUUCAAUUUGUUAUAUUGGUUCGGCGUCAUGUUUGAUACCCUAUCCGCAGCGAUUUCCCAACGUCCAGUAGUGGUCGACGAUGAAGACAGCGAAUUACCCCCUCCAACCAACAGCGCGUACACCGAACCGUUCUCGUGGCCGAACCCACCUACUAUGUACAAUAACCAGUUUGGAAUGCCAGGAAACGUUCCCACAAUUCCCAACGACACGUCAGUACCUCAGGGCUCUGAAGGUAAUGCGGUGUGGGGUGAUCUUUUCACUCGCGAUGGGACUUUGGAAGUAGAUCCUGGAGCAGCACGGUGGCCAUGUAGCUACAAGAUCGCCGCCGCAACACUCAGCUCGGCUGCGCCGGUCAAGGUGCUCCUAUACAGGCGUGUCGCACAUCUCCAAGCGUUGGUAUCGCGGAAGGCUCCGCCGGCUAGGAUUGAGUCAGGUAUAAACGGCGCAUUCCACGUCUACAACCACUGGCAUCGCACGUACGCGCCCUUCUUCUCCGACUGCGUAAAGCACCACGCCACCCUCCCCACACGCGUACAAUCCUGGUACACCCUCAUAGCAGGCCACUGGCAUCUGGCAACCUUUCUGCUUUCAGACUUGCUACUCACAAUCGACAAGACAAAACUCUCUUCCCCGAACGAGCGCACCCUCCGUCAGUCAUCAAACCUCGUGGAUACGCUGCGCCGCCAGAAUGCACUCGCAGUCGCCGACCUGAGUCUCGCUAGCAUACACAGCGUAAAAGAGAAAGAAGGAACAGAUGAGUUCCACUUCGCGCUCAGCCAAGCCGCGCUGUUGACAGAGCCGUGGACUGUGGCUUUCGUGCGCUCGUUAUGCAGAGCAGGCUACGUCUUGGUGCAGGUCGUGGCGUCGGAAACCAUCGAAGAGGAACGCGAUCAGGCAAUACGGAGAUGUCGUGAUUGCAUCGAGGGUCUCUGGUAUCUGGGUCGGAAAUCAGACAUGGCGUUUCUCGCUGCGCGCUAUCUGUCGGAUAUGCUGGAUGAGGCGAUACGCGAUACGAGUGCACGGUCGAUGGCGGAGGAGAUGGGCAGUGACAGUGCGACAGUGUCGUCGCAGUUUGGUACGAAUUCGAGUCCUGGGACGGAUGGGGGUGUGCCUGUGUAUCAGCAGCCGUUUGAUUCGAUUGGAGCUUUUCCGUCGUGGUCGAAUGCGGAUUUGAUGGGGAGUUGUCAGCCGGGUACUAAGAUCGACGAGGGCGAUGUGUUGAAUAUGGAGACUCCUUUGAAUGUUGAUAGCGCGUUGCUUUGGGACUUUAGUCUGCAGGGGUAA